UUUAUUUUUCAAGAAAUACAAUAAUAAAAUAAUGUCGAAAUUUUGUGGAUGCGAUCCCAUAAAAUCCAAGAAGACGCAAAAUCAUGAUUGCCAGAAUAUUGUUGAAUUUGAAUUAGCGGACAAGGAAGGCCAAAAAUGGAUUUCCAGCAACCGAUCUUUACAUGACAAUAUUCCUGUCCAACUAAGUCCCGAAGGUGCUGAAGGCUGGAGAUUGGAGAGAUAUAACGAUAAAUUGUUGUGGAGUUUUCAUAUUAUGUCAGAGAAUAAUAAGAAAAUGUACGUCACGUUCAACGAAACAAACAACGAUGUUACGCUUGAAUAUGAUAACGAUAUUUCGGACAAUAACGGGAAGGGGAGAUAUUUUUCGAUGCUUCUUCAACCUGAUCGAGGGCUGUUUCUGCGGGCUGAAAAGACCACAAACAGAUAUCUGUACAAUAACGAAGGAAAGUUGGAAAUGGUGACAACCGCGAGCCCAACCUUUGCAAUGCACUGGUUCCUUUCACCUUCGUUUGAAAUGAUUGAUUUAAAAAUUGCUACUUUCAUGAUUCAAAUUCACCAAGUGUACAGUUCUCAGAAAUGGGUGAGUGUUGGAGCGAAACUGAAUGAUCCAAUUCAAACCCAACAGCUCAGUGGAGAUCAGGAUUGGACUGUGAACUGGACUGACGAUGGGAAAUUUCAGUUUGCGACUCCAACUUUAAAGGCCAAUGAUGCUCUGCAAUUUGGAACAGUGGCAGCAAAUUUCAAACUCAAUAGCUAUGGAGGUGGAGUUAGUCUACAGUGUACCGCGAAUAGCCAGUAUGUAGUUGUUCCAGACGACAAUGGAGAGCUUGGUUUCUCUGUAACUGAAGCAGGCUCGGCAUCUUGGGAUUUAGAGAUUAUGGGAAUUAUCUUACAACGUGAUGGCAAAAUAAUCAUUAUCCCUGAGUUUCCCAUCCAGAAUCCAGAAAAAUAAAGCUCCGAAAUAAUUGUCGAACAUUAACUAUAGUUUGGAUGUAGAGUGAAUCUUUUACAUGCCUAUUUAAAUGUAAAAAUUACAAAGAACUCAACAAUUUAUUAUUGACUUAAAUUAGCUUCAUCUGAAACUAUAGGAAAGUGGUGCAAUGUAUUGAAUUUUGAUGUAACGUAUAAACAGUUUACCUUGAUCACAUCUGAUUUGAACUUUAUUUUACAAAUUGAUUGACCUGUAAGAUAAAAACGGUAGAAGGAAUCAUUACACAAAUUACCCAAUAUUUUGGAAGUUUCUCAGGGGCAUAACACGAGUGUUACACGACCCUUUUUUAUUUUUUUUUGGGUGUGAUUUAUAUGAUAAUGAUUUUUUUCAAACCAGGGCAUAAAAGCCAUGUCAAAUAUAAUGGAUAGAUUAUUUUAUAUCACUAUAAAUUUCUACUGAUAAUUAUAUGUACAGAUACUCACAAAAUAUUGAAUUUUCAUUAU